AUUCUGCAAUCGAUUCUCAGCCCUGGAUGUAGUGAGUGGUGAUUUGGAUGGAGAUGAAGGCGGUGGUGUCCUGUGCCGGGCUUUUGCUUCUAUUUGCGUGGCUUUCUCCAAGCCAAGCCCUUUAUUUCCACAUCGGAGAGACGGAGAAGAAAUGUUUUAUAGAAGAAAUACCCGAUGAAACCAUGGUGAUCGGAAGAUACAGAACACAGCUGUGGGACAAACAGGCUGGCUCUUUUCUCCCGUCCACCCCUGGAUUAGGCAUGCAUGUGGAAAUCAAGGAUCCUGAGACCAAUAUCAUUCUGUCCCGUCAGUAUGGAUCAGAUGGACGUUUCACCUUCACGUCCCACACACCAGGCGAGCAUCAGAUCUGCCUUCACUCCAACUCCACCAAGAUGGCACUGUUUGCUGGAGGAAAACUGAGAGUCCACUUGGAGAUUCAGGUUGGUGAGCACACCAACAACUACCCCGAGAUCGCAGCCAAAGACAAACUGAGCGAGCUGCAGCUGAGGGUCCGACAGCUCCUGGACCAGGUGGAACAGAUCCAGAAAGAGCAGAACUACCAGCGGUAUCGUGAGGAGCGUUUCCGUAUGACAAGCGAGAGCACAAACCAGCGCGUUCUGUGGUGGUCUAUCACUCAGACCAUCAUCCUCAUCAUCACUGGCAUCUGGCAAAUGAGACAUCUCAAGAGCUUCUUCGAGGCCAAAAAGCUGGUGUGAAAAGCAGAAAGCAUUUCAAAGACACUAACCCAUUCAUUGCCGUUGGGUUUCUCAAGCAUGGAAAUACUCAGUGCUUCAUUUCAAUGUUUUCUUUUUAAACUCAGUUCGGUUCAACAUUAUCUUCGGCAGAGCUUUGAAUUAAGUCUUAAACAUGCAGAAUAUUAACAACCCUUAAUUCUGCUCUAUACCCGAUACCCAUUUAUCAUUAAUCAUAAAUGUCUAGAAUGGUGUUCAAAUUACUAAAGAGUGUGAUAUGAAAAUGUUAAAGUGAUGAUCAUUAUGGGUGCAUGGAAACUACUGUUGACUAUAAGGUUGCAUUACUGAUAAAUGUGAAGAAUCAAGCCAGCUAAUCAUUUAAGCAUUUCUAAACAUUUUUAAUAUGUAUAUAUUGAGGUCUAUUGAA